GUUUCGGAUAAAAAGAAAGGAAAUAAUAUACCAUGAAAUAUUUCAUAUCCUUGGCUUUGGCCAUGUCGAUAGUUUAUGUGAAUCCUGUCCGAGGACGUAGUGUGGACAAUUCGAUAUGUCUAAGCGGUCAAAUGUAUCAUCCGUAUCCAGGCGAUUGUCGUUAUUUUCUACAAUGCAGUAACGGGGUGGCCUACCGGCAACCAUGUGCCCCCGGAACCUAUUGGAGUCAAGAGUAUUUAACCUGUAUUCGUACAUCGGAUCAUUGUGAAAUGCAGACGGGAGGAUCUUCUACGCCUCGAAGUUCCACCACCGAGAGUUCUUCUACUACUGCUAGCCCCACUACGGCUGGGAGCACUUCUACACAAUUCUCCACAACUGGUAGUACGUCAUCCUCCACAGCUUCUGGAAAUAUCUGUGCAAAUGGUCAAAUGUAUCAUCCUGAUGCAGAAGAUUGUCGCUAUUUUAUACAGUGCAGUAAUGGUGUACCCAUACGGCAACCCUGUGCUCCAGGUACCUACUGGAGUCAAGAUCAUUUGACUUGCAUUCGAUCAUCGGAGCAUUGUGGCUAUACCACAAGUUCUUCAAUCACAACUCCCACUUGUAGGCCUUCAACCACAACCUCCACACCUAGCCCUCCAACCACAACAUCACACACAACUCCCACUUGUAGCCCUUCAACCACAACAUCAAUCACAACUUCCACACCUAGCCCUCCAACCACAACAUCACACACAACCCCCACAACUACAGCUGGAACUUCACCUGCCACAACAACAACCUCAAACUCAUCCGAAACUCCCACGACUUAUUGGCCAAAUGUGACAACAACCGAGUAUCCUUCACCCACCACCACCAUCACCACCACUUCUUCGAAUCCACCAUGUGAUGUAUGUGAGGAGCUUCAUGCCGAUCCCUACGAUUGCCAACACUACUGGGAAUGCAUUGAGGGUCGAUUGGAGAAAAGAAAAUGCCCGUAUGAUUUAUAUUUUAAUGAGAAAAUCCAGGCCUGCAUUGUGGGCCAGGAACUAUGCGAAACUGUUGGCAACACCACUGUACCCGCCUUGCCAACACUUUCGCCCAGCAUUUGUCCCAGCUACGGCUUGUCGUAUCAUGCCGAUCCGGAAAAUUGCCGAAAUUAUAUACAAUGCCUGGAUGGAGUCGCCAGUACAAUGGCAUGUGAACGAUUUACUUAUUGGGAGGACACGUUGGGCGCCUGCAUUGUGGGUACUUGCAGGAAACGCCUGGGCCACUGCAAUUAUCUUCAAAAUUUCCAAGGUGACCCCAACAAUGUCAACUCCUUUCAGCAGUGCUGGAAUGGAACUCUUUUUAGCCUAACAUGUCCUUAUCACUUUACUUGGGCUAGUGCCGGAGGAAAUUGCCGAAGACUGGAAUGUGUGGAAAACCCGGAAACAACUACUACCACCAGCACCCCUGGCAUAACAGAAGCUACUACCACUACAUGGCCCGAAGAGACUACAACGAGCAGUGAAAAUUCGACGACAUCUACAACUGAGAAAUUUGAUACCACAACAACUACAAAUUCCGUUAAGACAACAACUACAGAAAUGCCGACAACAACCACGGAAAUUCCAGAGGCGACAACCACCACCGUAGUAACGGAACAGGAAACAACCACCACCCCCAUUCCAACCACGACCACCACCCCCAUUCCCACCACAACCACCACCCUCAUUCCCACCACAAUCACCACCCCUAUUCCCACCACAACCACCAUCCUCAUUCCCACCACUACCACCACCCUCAUUCCCACCACUACCACCACCCUCGAACCAGAGACAACAACCGUUUCGACCACCUCCACAACUCCCGGUACAAGUACAACGGCGUCAUUUUGCGGCGAUGGCAUUUCAUUCCAUCCCGAUCCGAAUAAUUGUCGAAAUUUCAUUCAAUGCUUUAAAGGAAUUGCAGUAAUCCUGUCCUGUCCUCUGCACACCUAUUGGAACAAGGAUGAGGGGAAAUGUAUUAUGGGAACUUGUGAGGACGAAACGACCAUCAUUAGUACUACGGAAAAAAUAAAUCCUGCAACAGAUGUCAUCGAUCCCGAAACUAAUGGGUUUUCAAGUACAGUAUCCGAGAUAACCGAUUCCACGGCUCCCAUCACAAAUUCCCCACAAACAACCAUUUCUAUAACUACGGCGACUCCAGAUUUGGAACACGGGACGUCGGAUACAAACCAAAGCAAUGGUGAGAUUACAGCUCAGACUUCAGUUUCUGAAAUCUCUACAUCUGAUUUUACAGAACCGGUAACAGAUCCCCAAUGGGAUGCGAGCACCGAAGGAAACAGCCCUCAAAAUUCUUCAUCGACUACCGGCAAAACCUCCGCAACUACUACCCCCGAUCCUACUGGGACAAUGACCGACGAAAAUCAAACCAAUACAAAUACCCAAAUAACUACUCCAAAUGUGGCGCAUCGAUUUUCCCACACUACGGACAUAACCUUGGAAACUACAACCCAAACCUUAGAAUCUGAAACUACCGCUACGGUUUCAAAAACUUCGGACUUCACUGAAAUAUCUUUUGAUACAACAACCCAAACUUUGGCAUAUCAGACACCAGGAUCUACCGUCACAGGAACGGACUCUCCCACAGAUAUUUCAACAAAAGAUUCCACCCAAAAUCCAGAACAUGAAUCUUCAGGUUCUACAGAAAAAGUUGGCGACAACUCAACGGAAACAACAACCCAAAAUUCCGAGGAUGAAUCUUCAAAUACUGUCACCAAAACCACAGAUGCCUUGGGAACGUCCACUGAGGGUUUGGUAACUGAUAACCCAGAAACUACGGAAGCAGGAACUGUCUUCGAAAGUGAUGGGAAUUCUACUGAAUCCAACACCUCAUCAGGAUUUUCAGAAACAACAACGGAACUAGCGACUGAUUCAGGAGGCAAUGAUAAUUUAACUGAAACGAGUACCACACCAGGGACCUCAGGCACCACGGAAGCUAUAACUGAUUCGGAGAGGUAUGAAAAUUCCACUGAAUCAAAUAGCUCCGCAGGACCCAUAGAAACAACAACGAGUAAACCAGCAACUGGUUCUCAGAGUGAUGAUAAUUUAACUGAAACGAGUACCACACCAGGGACCUCAGGCACCACGGAAGCCAUAACUGAUUCGGAGAGGUAUGGAAAUUCCACUGAAUCAAAUAGCUCCGCAGGACCCACAGAAAUAACAACGAGGGAACUAACAACUGGUUCUCAGAGUGAUGAGAAUUUAACUGAAACGAGUACCACACCAGGGACCUCAGGCACCACGGAAGCCAUAACUGAUUCGGAGAGGUAUGAAAAUUCCACUGAAUCAAAUAACUCCGCAGGACCCACAGAAACAACAACGGGGGAACCAGCUACUAAUUCUCCGAGUGAUGGAAAUAUAACUGAAAUGAGUAGCUCACCAGAGACCUCAAGCACCACGGGAGCCGAAACAGAAUCGGAGAGUGAUGGAAAUCCCACUGAAUCAAAUAGCUCCGCAGGACCCACAGAAACAACAACGGAACUAGCUACUGAUUCUCAGAGUGAUGGCAAUUUAACUAAAACGACAAGCUCACCAGGUACAUCAGACACCACGGAAGCAGGAACUGACUCUGAAAGCUAUGGAAAUUUUACCUCUUCAGGAUUUUCAGAAACAACAACGGAACCAGCGAGUUAUUCUUGGAACAACGAUAAUUUAACUGAAACGAGUAGCUCACUAGGGACCUUAGGUACCACCGAAGCCGUAACUAAUUCGGAGAGUGAUGAAAAUUCCACUGAAUCAAAUAGCUCCGCAGGACUUACAGAAACAACAACGAGGGAACCAGCAAAUGGUUCUCCGGGUGAUGGCAUUUUAACUGAAACGAGUACCAUUCCAGGGACCUCAGGUAUUACGGAAGUCAUAACUGAUUGGGAGAAGUAUGGAAAUUCCACUGCAUCAAAUAGCCCCACAGGAAUCACAGAAACAACAACGGAACUAGCUACUGAUUCUCAGAGUGAUGGCAAUUUAACUAAAACGACGAGCUCACCAGGUACCUCAGACACCACGGAAGCAGGAACUGACUCUGAGAGUUAUGGAAAUUUUACAUCUUCAGGAUUUUCAGAAGCAUCAACGGAACCAGCGACUGAUUCUUUAACUGAAACAAGUAGCUCACCAGGGACCUCAGGCACCGCGGAAGCCAUAACUGACUCGGAGAGUGAUGAAAAUUCCACUGAAUCAAAUAGCUCCGCAGGACCCACAGAAACAACAACGAGGGAACCAGCAACUGGUUCUCAGAGUGAUGAGAAUUUAACUGAAACGAGUAGCUCACCAGGAAACUCAGGCACCACGGAAGCCAUAACUGAUACGGAGAGGUAUGAAAAUUCCACUGAAUCAAAUAGCUCCGCAGCAAUCUCAGAAACAACAACGGAACUAGCUACUGAUUCUCAGAGUGAUGGCAAUUCAACUAAAACGGGGAGCUCACCAGGUACCUCAGGCACCACGGAAGCAGGAACUGACUCUGAGAGUUAUGGAAAUUUUACCUCUUCAGGAUUUUCAGAAACAACAACGAAACUAGCGACUGAUUCAUGGAAUGACGACAAUUUAACUGAAACGAAUAGCUCACUAGGGACCUUAAGUACCACCGAAGCCAUAACUGAUUCGGAGAGUAAUGGAAAUCCCACUGAAUCAAAUAGCUCCGCAGAAAUCACAGAAAAAACAACGAGGGAACCAGCAACUGGUUCUCAGAGUGAUGAGAAUUUAACUGAAACGAGUACCACACCAGGGACCUCAGGUAUUACGGAAGUCAUAACUGAUUGGGAGAAGUAUGGAAAUUCCACUGCAUCAAAUAGCCCCACAGGAAUCACAGAAACAACAACGGAACUAGCUACUAAUUCUCAGAGUGAUGGCAAUUUAACUAAAACGACGGGCUUACCAGGUACCUCAGACACCACGGAAGCAGGAACUGACUCUGAGAGUUAUGGAAAUUUUACCUCUUCAGGAUUUUCAGAAACAACAACGGAACCAGCGACUUAUUCUUGGAACAACGAUAAUUUAACUGAAACGAGUACCACACCAGGGACCUCAGGCACCACGGAAGCCAUAACUGAUUCGGAUAGGUAUGAAAAUUCCACUGAAUUAAAUAGCUCCGCUUUAACCUUAGAAACAACAACGGAACUAGCUACUGAUUCUCAGAGUGAUGGCAAUUUAACUGAAACGAGUACUACAUCAGGGACAUCAGACACCACGGAAGCCAUAACUGAUUCGGACAGGUAUGAAAAUUCCACUGAAUCAAAUAGCUCCGCAGGAAUCUCAGAAACAACAACGGAACUAGCUACUGAUUCUCCGAGUGAUGAGAAUUUAACUGAAACGAGGAGCUCAUCAGGUACCUCAGACACCACGGAAGCAGGAAGUGACUCUGAGAGUUAUGGAAAUUUUACCUCUUCAGGAUUUUCAGAAACAACAACGGAAGCAGCGACUUAUUCUUGGAACAACGAUAAUUUAACUGAAACAAGUAGCUCACCAGGGUCCUUAGGUACCACCGAAGUCGUAACUGACUCGGAGAGAGAUGGAAAUUCCACUGAAUCAAAUAGCUUCGCAGGACUCACAGAAACAACAACGGGGGAACCAGCAUCUAAUUCUUCGAGUGAUGGAAAUAUAACUGAAACGAGUACCACACCAGACACCACGGAAGCAGGAACUGACUCUGAGAGUUAUGGAAAUUUUACCUCUUCAGGAUUUUCAGAAACAACAACGGAACCAGCAAUAUAUUCAUGGAACAACGACAAUUUAACUGAAACAAGUAGCUCACCAGGGUUCUUAGGUACCACUGAAGUCAAAACUGACUCGGAGAGUGAUGAAAACUCCACAGAAUCAAGUAGCUCCGCAGGACCCACAGAAACAACAACGAGUGAACCAGCAACUGGUUCUCAGAGUGAUGAGAAUUUAACUGAAACGAGUACCACACCAGGGACCUCAGGUAUUACGGAAGCCGAAACUGAUUCGGAGAGGUAUGGAAAUUCCACUGAAUCAAAUAGCUCCGCAGCAAUCUCAGAAACAACAACGGAACUAGCUACUGAUUCUCAGAGUGAAGGCAAUUUAACUAAAACGGGGAGCUCACCAGGGACUUCAGGUACUACGGAAGCAGGAACUGACUCUGAGAGUUAUGGAAAUUUUACCUCUUCAGGAUUUUCAGAAACAACAACGGAACCAGCGACUUAUUCUUGGAACAACGAUAAUUUAACUGAAACAAGUAGCUCACCAGGGUCCUUAGGUACCACCGAAGUCGUAACUGAUUCGGAGAGUGAUGGAAAUCCCACUGAAUCAAAUAGCUCCGCAGGAACCACAGAAACAACAACUGAACUAACUACUGAUUCUCAGAGUGAUGGAGAUGGAAAUUCCACUGAAUCAAGUAGCUCCGCUGGGAUCUCAGAAACAAUGACGGAACCAGCGACUGAUUAUCGGAGUGAUGGAAAUUUUACAGAAACGAGUAGUUCACCAGGUAUCUCAGGCACCACGGAAGCAGGAACUGACUCGGAGAACUAUGGAAAUUUUAUUGAGACAAAGAAUCCUACUCCCAACUCUACGGAACCUCAAGCUGAUUUUCUGAGCGACCACAAAUCAAAUGAAACGUAUAGCCCUUCUGAAAACACAGAUAUUACGGAGCCCUCAACUGACUCUCCGAGUGGUGAUGACAAUUCAAAUGCCACGCAAACGAUUAUCUCGUCGGCAACAACGGCACAAACUGCGGUAUUUGAAACUUCAGGAUCCACAGAAGUGGUAGCAGAUUCUCACACUGCCACAGAAACCACCCAGAAUCCCAGUCAUGAGACUAACGUAACAACCUCAGACUCAUUGGGAAAAAUUACUACGGGAUUGACAAACUCAGAUACUGAUUCUCAAACCGACAAAAAUUCGAAAGUUACAACCCACAAGCCAGGAGGAGCGUCUUUAAACUCCACGGAGACGCUCGUUGAUUUUUAUACCGAAAAGAUGUCGGAAGCAACAAACCAGAAUCCCGGAAAUGAGUUUUCAACAACUAGCUCAGAAACCGCUGACUCUGAAGGAAUCACUAAGCUGAAUACUUCGAUACCAGAAUGGGAAGCCGGGACUGCUACUUCCGGUGAUGAAAAUACUGUUAGUUCUUCGAAUCAGAACGAAUUAACACCAGGAGCGGAAAUCAACCCCGAAAACACAACCCUGAAUUCAAACAUUGAAAGUUUAGAGUCUACAAAAACCGAAUCUGAUUAUUCAAACGCCACGGAAACAGACACCCCUGCCAGGUUAACAUCUCAAUAUUCUUCAUCUCAAACUUCCGAAUCUAGAGAUGCUGAUGUCAGUUUUGAAACAACAUCUCAGGACACCCAACCCCAAGUGAGGCAAUUCGAAGGGAGCAAUGAAGUCAUAACUUCAAAUGCGGACAAUAAUCGUACAAUAAAUCGUACAGGAAAACAUGCCCUGGACUUGUAUUCACCACAGCUGGCAAUAUGCCAAAAUGCCACUACCGAAUUUAUAGCUGACCCAGAGAAUUGUAGACAAUUUAUACAAUGCAUUGGCAAGAAUGCCAUUCUGAUGAUAUGUCCUGCAAAUACCUAUUGGAAUGAAAUCGUCAACGCAUGUGUGAUGGGUGAGUGUGAAGCGGCCAAGGCGAAUCGAUAGAUGUGUGAACCGUAUUUAAGAGGGUAACAACGGCCAGGCGUGAUUAUUUUUAUGUAGUCUGCAAAUGCGGAGUAGAAUCCGAUUACAUGUACUGCGCAAAAUAAAUCUUUAAAAAAAA